UAAUGUUAAGACAACGAUCGACAUCAAAGGGUAAGCAUUUUGAUAGGUAUUUGUGUAUCUUAGAAUGUCAGAUUAGUUCCAGAGAAAGUCAAUUUAAGUGAUUAUCAAAUUCAUAUGGUAGAGGAUUAAAAAAAUGAAUCAUUAAGAGAACUUGAUCUUAAUGAAUAAUUGAGAGUUGAAAAUAGUCAAGCCAAAUACAAUAAUUUAUUAAAACAAAAAUUAAUGGAAAAUAAAUCUUAAUCAAGUCUAUUUGUCUAUUAAAGACAACCAUCAAAAUAUAAACCUUAUAUUUUUGAGAAUGAAUGUCCUUCUCCUGUUAGAAAAAUAGCCAAAGCACCUUAUAAAAUUUUAGAUGCCCCAAAAAUAAAAGAUGAUUUCUAUUAUCAACUAGUUGAUUGGAGUAUGAAUAAUUAAAUUGGAGUUGGUCUUGGAAAUUCAGUUUAUACUUGGAAUGCAAUAACAAAUGAAACAACAUAAUUAUUGGAAAUUGAAGCUCCAGUUUGUGUUAGUAGUGUUAAAUGGUGUGAUAGAAGUGAUAUUAUAGCAAUAGGAGAUGAUACAGGUGCAGUCAGAAUAUAUGAUAUUGUUAAAGCUAAAAUAUUAAAAACAUAUGAAAAUCAUAAUUCUAGAGUAGGUUGUUUAGAUUGGAAUGGAUGUAAUAUAACAAGUGGUAGUAGAGAUAAGAGUAUAUUGUUUUAAGAUAUAAGAACUAAUAAUGAUUAUGAAUUAUCAUUUUAAAGUCAUAAAUAAGAAGUAUGUGGAUUAUAAUGGAGUCCAAAUGAAUAAUUUUUGGCAUCUGGAGGUAAUGAUAAUAAUGUAAUGAUAUAAUCAAUAAAAAUGCCAAAUUAAUCAAUGUAUAUAUUUAAGGAUCAUAUUGCAGCUGUUAAAGCUUUAGCAUGGUCACCUCAUUAACCAAAUAUACUAUGUAGUGGAGGUGGAACAACAGACAAAUGUUUAAAAUUCUGGAAUACAUCAAAUGGAUAACUAUAAAAUAGUAUAGAUACUGGUAGUUAAAUUUGCAAUAUGAAAUGGUCUACUAAUACAAAUGAAUUAGUCACUUCACAUGGGUAUAUUAUUUAUUUAUAUAUAUAUAGUUAUUCUCUUAAUUAAGUUGCUGUUUGGAAAAUGCCUAAGAUUGAAAGAAUUGCUACUUUAUAUGGUCAUUCUUUUAGAGUUCUAUAUUUAGCUUUAAGUCCUGAUGGAGAGAAUGUUGUAACUGGCAGUGGAGAUGAAACUCUUAGAUUUUGGAAGUUGUUUCCUUCAAAAAAUAAAAAUUCAAAUCUUGUUAAUCAAUCAAAAUUGGAUUCUAUUAGAUUGGAUAUUAGAUGA